AGAGCAGUACAAUAAGUCAGCUUGUAUAAUAUGCUACAGCGAAGUUGAAGUAAAUGCAUCAUGUUAUGUGCUUAUUGGUAUGAUCGGAUCACGGUCUUUCAGCCAGCGCGCUCCCCAUGCCAGCCCCGCAUGUCAUCCUCUUUCCUGUCUAGCCUGUUCUGCUGCUGUGGAAAGCUCAACGAACGCAGUGACGAUGACAUUCCAGACGAGAACACUCGACUCAUACCCCAUAGCAUUGAGGUGUCUCCAAGUCCUCCGGCAGGGCCGACAAUCGACCAUCAAAGACGCUUGAUAGAGAUUGUGAGGGCGAAAGAGAGGAAAAUGGUGAACGUUGCCUCCAUCAUCCCGUUCAAUUUGCAUAACCGUGCCAUAACGCCAACCGCGUCUCUUUCGCGGUCCACCUCGCUUUCUGCUCGGAGGAAUGAAAACUCAUUGACGGCUUCCAAUGAGGGCCGGGAGCCUCUAACAGUGACGCUUCGUGGGCCUCCAUCUCCGCUGAACGCCAGCACCCCACCACGGAACGCGUCUAGUUCGCAAUCGCGCUCGGAAUCUGCUUCUGGACUUCCCGCGGACCUGGGGAUCGCCACCCCAAUUCUCAAUGUGCGCUUGGUACCCACGUCACAGCCUGCACAGGCAGAGCGAAUAGGACGGCCCCGACAUCGAGCUUUUGGCUCGCCUGUUUCUUCGGAGUCUACGAAUGACGUGGCAGGUGCUUUGCUGGCAGGGGCGCCAUCGAGCCUCGGCUCUGAAAGAAUGCCGACGUCUGAAUCGGCAGCAAUUUCCGAACCGUUAAAUGAGAUCUGUCUAAGCUGGGAAGAUGGCGAUUAAUUCUCCGUUGGCUUCGAAGCCACAAUUCUGCCUCAAGACGAACGCCGGGCGCUAGUCUUUCUCUCCUGGAUAAUAGCUAUACAUACCGUACUGAUUAAGCUGAAACGAAUAGAUUCCGUCUAAUGCCGACCCAAUCUUCGAAGUCUGUACGACCGACGACGAUUCUUUUCGGAAGAGAAUCCAACCCCGUCGUUGGGACGUAGCAUCCCCGCAAACUCGCCUUUCUCAUUGGUCACUUCUCUACCUGAAUGGAAAAAUAACAUUGCCCUUGCUUCAGGCAAGGCGCAAGGCUUCCAGCACCUGAUGGAGACAAACUAUCCUCGCUUCGCAUGUCAUGCCCGAGUCACGAAACUCUCCGCUAUCAUUUCCGAUGCUCUGGAUCCAGUUCAAAAAAGAGCCAUGCUGCUCUUCCCUUGUCUUCAGUUUGCGGAGGAAUGUCGCGAUUACAUGCAGCAGACACUUCCCUCCGCCUCUUGCGAUAUUCAGUGCGUGUCGUCCGUCGCCAAUCCUCCAGCGGGACACGACAUCUACGCGGUGUUUCUAUCCGUGGAACGUGCGAAAGCAAUGAACUUCCACGUCUACAGCGGGACCACGAUAUCUCCGCGGCUCGCGGACGUUUGUCUCCAGCGUCUGGCCGGAAUCGAAGAGCCCGCUCUGAACCCAGUGCCCAGUGAAGGUCAUUUCUUCUCGGAUUACUACAAACGGCAUGCGCCGUUGUCAUCUGUGGCCGAGGCGAAAAUGGCCAUCCGGACUCGGUUCAGUGGAGUACUUGGGGAUGGGACCAACAUUCGGGGCGUUCCGACAGCCUCCCCUGACGAUGUCUACCUUUAUCCUGCUGGGAUGCACGCGGUUUGGAGAGUGAACCAGCUGAUUUCUGCUGUUUUAGGAGGCAAGAACAGCUCUGCAAAGGUUGCUCAUGUAAACUUGGUCUAUGCCGAUUCCUACCGAUUUUUGCAAACACCAAACGGUGGAGGAUAUCAUUUCUUCAGCAACGACACGCUUGACCAGCUCGAGGCGCUUCUCGCGUCCGGAACCCCUGACUCGCCGACUAUCUUGGCCUUGAUGACUGAACUUCCGGGGAACCCUCACAUGCAAACGGCCGAUUUGGAGAGACUGCGUCGACUCGCUGACAAAUACAACUUUCCCAUCGUCGUGGACGAGACCAUCACCGGUCAUCUCAACGUUCAAGUCUUGCCCUACUGCGAUAUUGUCGUCGCGAGUCUUUCAAAGAUUUUCAGCGGAUUGGCGAACGUACUAGCUGGCGCCCUCAUGCUGAAUCCCGACUCCCGCUUCUAUUCCCGUUUCAAAGCCUACAUGAACGACACCUAUCGCGACUAUCUUUUCGAUCAAGACGCCCUUAUUUUGGAGAUGAAUUCGCGUGAACUGGCUGAACGGACUGUCGUGACCAAUCGCAAUGCCGAAGCUGUUGCGGAUGCGCUCUACGCUCGUUCUUUGGCCGGUGGUGCGACACAGUCGGUCCUCAAAGAGAUCCACUAUCCUAAAUAUCGUACACGCGAGAACUACGACCGGGUGAUGAAUCCUCAGGCAGCGAAAGCGGGAGUCGCUAAUCCCGGGUAUUCGCAUUUGAUGACCGCAAUAUUCACGUCGUUGGAAGCAGCAGAGACCUUCUACGAAUCGCUGCAAUGUUUCAAAGGCACUACGCUCGGAACUGUCUUCACGUUGUCCACAGCAUUUACUGUGUUGGCUUUCCCACCCGAAAAGAUGGACUGGUUGCGAGAGCAUGAUGUAGAUCCGAUUUCAGUGCGCUUGAGCGUUGGGAUGGAAGAUCCAACGGAGAUCAUACGAGUGGUUCUGGCUGCUCUGGAUCAAACCCAACGCACAGUCCGUCCUAUACUCCCCAACUAACCACGCGGCCCAGAGCAUGGUCAUUCAGUUGCUAGAGUAGAAGAUGCGAUACGGUCGGGAAGGGUGGAGAGGCUGCGAUUGCUCUGAGCAGCAAUGAUAUACUAGACAUUCACAGUCCAUCCACCGACCGCAUUUGCUACUCGAUCCUGAACCAUCUGCAAUCAAAGAACAAAUGAGCUGCGCGUGCACGAACUCAGACGUAUAUGAGUGGCAUCGCCCACUCAUGGCUGGAUAGGAAUGUAACAGAGCGAAAGAACUACUGGAGAGGCUUUGACCGACAGGGACCUGGAUGGUUGUUGAUCUGCACGUCUUGAUCCGUGAUUGUCGCUGCCAUGAAUGCCUGGCAAGUUCUGCCAAAUUGCUG